AUGGCGUUACCCAAGUUUGAUUUGUGCGAUAUGGCUGCGAACCCAACCGGAUGGGGACCGCUUGGAAAUCCACCCGCUCUGGACACAUCAAUUCCGUUCCAGCAGUACAACAAAGUAAAUACAACGAGAGAAUGUAUGGCUCUGCCGCAAAUGCAGGUAGUCAGUUCGACUACGUUCACGGUAUGGAUGAAAACAACUUCCAAAUUGGCUCGUUAUCAUAAAGUUGACUCAUCGAAGCCUGUGCAACGUAAUCCACAACGUAAUUACCGCGCACGUCAAUUACAAUUCAAAAAAUUGCUACAAAAAGACCAAGAAAGGCGUGAGCAAGCCUUACAAGGGCAAAAUCUGAAGAUGAAACGAAGUAUUGCCAAAGAGCAGCAGCGUGCCUUCAAAAUGUGGCAACGCCGCGGAGGAAAUGCCCGUCAAGGACAGCGAGGUCCUGGAGGCCGUUAUCCAGGAGAAAGGCCCAAGGAUCGCCUUCCAUCGGUGCAAGUCCGUCCGGAAUGGCAAGUUAUAGAAGAAAUGGACUUCCCUCGCCUUCUUAAACUCAACCUUCCUGGAGUAGGUAAUGGCGAAGACAUUGGCAAACAUUUGUAUGGCACCCUGCACUUUUACGACAAGGCCAUCGACCGUGUAUCAGUCCGAAAUCCGAUUACUUUGCAACGAUGCGGUGGCAACUUCUAUAAUGUUACUACCACGGAAGACCCAGUCAUAGAGGAGUUGGCCCAACAAGGAAUAGGGAACGUUUUUGCUACUGACAUCAUCAUUGCAACCCUUAUGACAGCACCUAGAUCGGUGAGCUCUCGGACAUUAAAAGUUCUUCAACUUUUUUUCUUUUCCGUAUUCUUGGUGUACUGA